AGUUUGAACUCAGAGCGUGCGGCGAGCGGUACGCUUCGGUCCGGUCCAUCCGGUAUUUUGUAGUUACUUUUUCGAAACCUUUCUCAAACGAAACCCCCGGCACAGGCGACACCAUUUUCGGUUCCUUGAAUGAGAUGCCGCUGCCGGGAGCACAAUAGAACCACGUGUGUCACCAUACUAUGUACCUUAUCGCCCCCGACCAGUGUGUGCGUUUGUGUGCUGAAGAGGCACUGGCGUAAGUGAAGCGCCGAACAAAACAGAACCAAAGUCGGAAAACAACACAAAAACCAUGUGGACUGGAGCCAACUGAACUGUAUUCGAAGCUCCACGCUGGCACAAAGAGUGAGCUGAUAAAAAAAACCGAGAAAACUGCAAGAAAAUCCCCAUAAAGGCAAUGGACUUGUGCACAUAAAUCCAGCCCUAACAAACCGUGAAAGUUACCCCAAAAAAUAUAAUUACACUAAAGGGUUAUAGGAACAAAGAAAAAGCCACAUCCAAAUAUUCCCAAAAAUGGCGCGCGUGCAGGCCAGCGACUCCCUGAUACCCCGCCAGGUGUUCGAGGUUCCUCCGGCGGAGCCCAACAACUCGGCGGCGGACAGCGGCAGCCAGGGUUCCGGGGUGAAGCUGAAGAAGCAGAUCGGCCUGCUGGACGGCGUGGCCAUCAUCGUGGGCGUCAUCGUGGGCUCCGGCAUCUUCGUGAGUCCCAAGGGCGUGCUGCAGCACUCCGGCUCCAUCGGCCAGUCCCUCAUCGUCUGGGUGCUCAGCGGUGUGCUCAGCAUGGUGGGCGCCCUGUGCUAUGCGGAACUGGGCACGAUGAUACCCAAAUCUGGGGGAGAUUACGCCUAUAUAGGGACUGCUUUCGGCCCCCUGCCUGCGUUCCUUUACCUGUGGGUGGCCCUGCUGAUUCUGGUGCCCACGGGUAAUGCCAUCACCGCGCUGACCUUCGCCCAGUAUCUGCUGAAACCCUUCUGGCCGUCCUGCGAGGCGCCCAUCGAGGCAGUUCAGCUGCUGGCGGCUGCCAUGAUAUGUGUGCUGACGCUGAUCAACUGCUACAAUGUGAAGUGGGUGACACGUGUGACGGACAUCUUUACGGGCACCAAGGUAGUAGCCCUGAUGGUGAUCGUGGGCGCCGGGGUCUGGUGGUUGGUCAGUGGCAAUACAGAGCUGUGGGAAAAGCCGUUCUCGGGGGGCCAUCAGAAUCCCGGUUACAUAGCCUUGGCCUUUUACAGCGGCCUCUUUUCAUACUCCGGCUGGAACUACCUUAACUUCGUGACCGAGGAGCUGAAGGAUCCCUACCGUAAUCUUCCCAAGGCCAUUUGUAUCUCCAUGCCGGUGGUCACGAUCAUCUACAUGAUCACGAACAUUGCAUACUUUUCGGUGCUCUCGCCGGACGAGAUUCUGUCGUCGGACGCCGUGGCCGUCACCUUCGGAGACAAGAUGCUGGGCUUCUUCUCCUGGAUUAUGCCAUUCGCAGUGGCCUGCUCUACUUUUGGUUCAUUGAACGGAGCGAUCUUCGCAUCGUCCCGACUCUUCUUCGUGGGCGCCAGGAAUGGUCACCUGCCGGCAGCCAUUUCGCUGAUCAACGUUAAUUGCCUGACGCCUGUGCCUUCGCUGAUAUUCCUGGGCCUGAUAACCCUGCUGCUGCUCUUCAUCAAGGACAUCUAUGUGCUGAUCAACUACGUGAGCUAUGUGGAGGCGCUGUUCACGCUGAUCUCGGUAUCCGGACUGCUGUGGAUGCGCUACAAGCAGCCCAAGACGGAGCGACCCAUCAAGGUCAAUUUAGCACUGCCCAUCAUCUACCUGAUCGUCUGCCUGUUCCUAGUGAUCUCCUCGUGCAAGCAGGAGCCCUUCGUCGUGGGCUUGGGAACCAUCAUUAUACUGUCUGGCAUUCCGGUCUACUAUCUGACCAUUCACAAUCCGGUCAAAUGGCUGGCGGACACCUCGCAGGCCAUCAAUCUGUGGUGCUCCAAGUUCUUCAUCUGUAUGCCCAACCAGGAGAAGUUCGACUAGGGACGCAGGACUCUACGGCCCAGCAGAGGGAGUGCCUUUUGUCGAUGCAUCGAUCAAUCAACGCAACUAUCGAAGGGAAUAUCUUGUAGUUAGCCUAAGUCUCAAUCUAACAUUAAGAUAGGUUAGCGAUGCGAAACUUGGAAGCCUACGCACAACAUUACGAAAGUGUUAUUGUAAAUAACUCAAAUGCAUUCUGGUGGGGAGGUGCCUGCCCAAUUUAUUAUUAUGAAUAAUUUGCUAAUUAUAUUACUGUAUAUUUCAACCCAAAAAUGAGUUCCUCGUCAAGUGCAGAAAGUAGGGACACGUCGAUUAGGCAUGUCUAUUAUACAAAAUGCGAAACAAUUUUUACACAUUAUACAAGUAAUUAGGAGCUUAUUUAGUAAGUAAUAAUUAUUAUUGAAGCAUCUUUUGCGAAAUGUAAAAAUCGAAUUUGUUUUGUAUAAGAAAGUUAAUAAUAAACCAACUAAAUCUAAAA